GUUUGACCGUGGCCGCGUCGACAUGCACCCGACCAGGACGACCACGACGAUGUCGCGUUCGGCUUUUUGAGUGUGUCCGCGCGGUGUGUGACAAGGGUGAAAGUGACAAGCAAACACGCGGAUAAAAAAGCAACUUCAGUGCACAGAGAGGACACACAGAGCUAUUUUUGGAGCAAAAGGAUAAAAAAGUGCAAAAAAACCGGUGCGGACAGACGCAGUGAGUAGUGUGAAGUGUGCCCAGGUGACGGACAGGAAGGAUGGCCAUAUUUUGUCUAGUUCUGGCAACGGCUGCAUUUGUGCUGGUCGGUGGCCCUCAGGCAUGCCGCUGUGAUCGCCCACCGACCGACGAGAACGGGUUCGAUGGUGCGAAUAUUUGGAAAAGUAUCCGCGACCGGCUCCUGGCUGGCGCUGGGGAUCCUGCCGGCAGCAAUUUGAUUUCAGUUGCAAAGAUGCCCCACGAAAUGGGUCCCACGUUCGCGUGGAACCUGCGGCCAGCUGGAUCCAGCCCGACCGAACCAAUGCUUCUGCAAUCGCUGAUCAAUCGCUACCGGAAGUACAUGGUGGAACGAUUCGUUCGAUUCGAUGACGCCUGUUCGCUGCUGUUGGGUGGCGAGACGACGCUCAACGGCGAAGAUGAAUCGACGGACGGCGACGGCGACAACGAGGACGACAACGGAGAAGCGUUGCCGAACCGAAGAACGACCGACGUUGGGCCAGCAUCGAUGGAGGGAAGCGGCAUUGCCGUCGGUGCGGGGCGCGGUGGCGCGUCAAAUCCAAUGCUUGAAACGAUGCCGCUGACUCGACCAACCCGCUACGAGAUGUGCUCCCGAAACGCGAAACAGUACUACCGCUGUCUGGUGGAGCAUUUUAACGAUCAGCAGCUGCUGGGCAUGCUGCAGGAUUAUCUCGAAACGUACUGCGACGGUGUCCGGCGUGGCAGUUCGGUGGGGCCACAGAAGCGGGAUACGCCACGGUACGUGUCGAAGCAAAAGUUCCACUCGUGGGGUGGCAAACGGAACACGGCUCAGGUGUUUUACCCCUGGGGCGGCAAACGCAACAUGCCCCGGACGCACAAGCAGCCGAAGGUGGUCAUAAGAAAUCCGUUCCAUUCGUGGGGUGGCAAACGAAGCGAUCCACCAGCCGCCUGAUGGACCGGUGAGCAGCCCCUGCCCGAUCUCCUCGCAUCUCAGGUAGCAGCAGCAGCAGCGGCAGCGGCAGCAGGAAGGUGGUUCGAUCAUCGGCAGUAAGAUGAUGGGAACCCGGCCAACGCCGCUGGCCCGCCUGCCCAACCGUCACCGGCGUCACCGAUCACCAGCCGAGUUCGAAGCUUUCCCCUCUGGUCCGUGCAUGAUUGCAGUUUGUGUGUAUGUGUGUUUGAUACUACCAAGAUAUUGUUGUUAUCAUCGUCCAGUCCAGUUGCUAAGCCGAUCAUUAUUGCUCCCGUAAUCAGUUCGCCGCCACUCGCCACAAUUCUCACAACAGAGCAGCAAGGAUAUUUCAAUAAACAAUGCGUUUGCGAACCGAACAGAAGAUGGCAUGUACGAUGGCGGUGUUGCGUA